AGACAGCACACAGCAAUAAAGCUCAGUCGAGAAGGAGGACUUCUUAAGAUCAGAAUUAUCAUUACAAACUUACACCGCCUUGCGGCCUCUCCUGCAGACUCCUAUUGAUAUCCUUUGAAAGGUGCAAAAUGGCAGCUGCCAGACUGACAAUGCCUGCCUCAAGGACAACAAAUAAUGACCUAGAUGACUACAGUGCUUACACACACAUGUCUCAAGAACAGCUGUUGCAGAUAGCUAUUGAACGAAGUCUAACUGAUACCAAUAUGACUCCAUGGCAGAAUGGGCAAUUCUAUGCCCACACACAACCAACUGCCCCCUUAGCUACACGACAGCCACCAUGCAACUCUAACCAAACAAACCCACCUGUUGCUGCCUCUGCCAACCCUCCCAGUGAGAAAUGUGUAAAAAUCAACAGAGAUACCAUAAACCAUAUUAUCAGUAAAGACAAUGGAAAGAUUAUUGCCUGGACAGGGCAGAAUGGACACCUACGGGUCACAGUGGAGCCUUUGAAUGAUGUAGACCCUGUUCUCUCAGCCAUUUUGAGAGGGGAUGCAGAGGCUUUAAGAAACAUUAUUCAUUCCAAAUCUAAAACACUUGAUGAACCCAAUAAAGAUGGCUGGAUACUACUUCAUGAGUCUGCGUACUAUGGUCAUGUUGAGUGCCUUAAGAUUUUGCUCAAAGCCAGGCCAGAUACAAUCAACAAACGAACAAAUAAUAAUCAGACGCCACUUCUUUUGGCUGUGAGUCGCAAAAACGUUUCUUGUGUCGAACAUCUUUUAGAGGAAGGAGCUAAUCCCAACAUUGCAAAUAACCAGAGGGAGACACCUCUGCACAAAGCAUGCGAGAAAGCAAGUGAAGAGAUAGUGGGUCUUCUUUUGAGGUUUAGAGCUUCACUAUCCACAACCUGUGCUCAAGGUGGGACUCCACUACAUGAAGCUGUGAGAAACAAAAACAUAGAGAUUUGUAAGAUGUUGCUACAAGCAGGGGCAAAGCUCUCAGUCAGAAAUGUUUAUGGCAUUGACCCUCUGUUUGUGGCUGCUCAGUGUGGCGCAGCUGAGGUGCUUAACUUCUUAAUUGUAAACGGAGGAAAUAUCAAUACCCAGGCAAACGAUGAUGCCACCGCCUUGUUUGAGGCUUCUAAAAAUGGUCAUGUUGAAGCUGUUGAGAUUCUCCUGUCAAGAAAAGCAGAUAUUAACAAACCCAACAAGACUGGAUUACUUCCCAUUCAUGCUGCUGCAAAGAAUGGUCAUCAAAGCAUUGUUUCCAUCCUAAUCCCUAAAACUAAUAUGGCAAAAGUAAGACGUUCUGGCAUUAGUCCUAUCCACUUUGCCGCAGAACGUAACAGAGAUGAUGUUCUAGAGACCUUGAUUGAGACUGGAUUUGAUGUCAACGCCAGGCUGUCAGAUGAUUGGUCAAAGAUGUAUGAAGAUCGUCGCAGCACAGCUCUGUACUCGGCUGUGGUAAAUAGAAACACUGAAGCAGCUGCUAUGCUAUUAGAGGCCGGUGCCGACCCAAACCUGGACAUUUUCAACCCCCUGCUAGUGGCUGUGAGGAAAGGAUGUAUGGAAAUUGUGACCUUGCUGGUUAAGCAUGGUGCCAAUGUCAAUGCACUGCUUCCAACUCAUUCCACCAGCUUUCCAGCUGUUUUAGUUUUCUGCGUGAGGCACUUGGCAAUGAUUAAGUACCUAAUGGACAAUGGAUGUGAUGCACUAUCAUGUUUUAGCUGUCAAUACGGCAGUAACACACAUCCACCCAUAAAGCUAAGAGGAAAUGGGAGAGAAUCAAUUUAUUAUUUGAAUGAUGAACCAUCAGACAACUGUGUACAGUUUUGUGAGAUAAUCUCUGCUCCUUCAGCCUGUGGGUGGGUGGGACCCAUCAUAGAUAUGUUACUUGACUAUGUUGGUAAUGUUAAACUCUGCUCGAGAAUAACUGAACACCUGGAUAGCAACACAGAUUGGGCCCAUAUUAAAGAAAGAUCAGUUCUUCCUUGUAGAUUGAUGCAUCUGUGCAGACUCAAGAUUCGUCAACGGAUGGGAGUCCACAGACAGAGACUAAUCAAAGCUCUUCCUCUACCAGGGAGACUAAUCAAGUUUUUGAGAUAUGAACAAGAAACAUUUAAGGAUAACCUGUGAUGAACAACAUUCUUAAUUAUUAUCAGAGCAUGUUGCUUUGUAUUCUUUUUUGUGUGUAAUUCAAUUUAGAUAAUCUUUUUUUUUAGAUAUCUGAAAAUAGCUGCCAAAUGCAAAUUAUUAGGUUUAUAAUGUUUGUAAAGGUAGUUAUUCUCCAUACACCAUAUAGAAUUUAAAAUAAUAUUCAAAUGUAUAAUAUGCACAACAAUUUUAUGUCAGCUUUUUAGAAUAUGUAAUUUUAUCUGUACAUGCAUAGCAAAAUCUACAUCCACACUGAGGCAUUUUAUAAGGUGACUACUUAAGUGUAUUUUUUUCUGGUUAAGUGGAUGAUCUUAAGUGGAUUUUUCUGGUUGCCGUAACACAAGGGAGUCAAAGUCCAGAACCUUCAUUCUUGCUCUUCAAAAACUAUGUAGCAAAAAUACUGAAACAUUACAAAUAUAAUGUAAUCCUUUAAAGAAAAGCAUUAGGUAAUUGAAGGAAUUUUCUGCUUUAAUGCUUUAAAGAUGUACAGAGUACAAUGAACUAAAUUAGUUUUGUAAAUUAGUCAACAAUGAUGUAACUUGUCUGCUUAUACAGAUAAAUGUUGUACAUCUUUGUGUAUGGAUUAGCAUCAAGCAUUAUCAGUAUUCCUGUGAAUUUCCUGUGUGUUUUUUUCUUUGUUUGAGACUUUCUAUGUGGUUUUGCAUCAAAACAAAAUUUGAUUAGGUCUACUGAAAGGCAAUCAGAGAGUUGCUCUCGCUGUGUGUGAGAGAGGGUGGGGAUUGAGUUGCUUAACCAAAAGCACAGUUGUUAUGUAGCUCAAAUAAGCAGCAUGGUAAAGUGAACCAGCCACAGUUACAAAACUAAACCUUAAAUAAGAGGUAAAAUUGUUCAUUGGUAACUGAAUGCUGAAGGUCUUGUGAUAUGUGUAUGUUUAAUGGCACUACUCACCUUGCAACAUUCUAAUCUCAUACUGCUAACUCAUGCAGCUAACUGUGGUGUAGAUAAGCUCUAUAAUUAGCCAGCCAUAAUUCAAAUGCUUAUGCAAGACACAUGUAAAUAUAGACUCUACCACUUUGACUUUUUGACUUUGAUCUGAACUUCAACCUAAGAUAAUCAUGUCCUUUUAGAAAAUAAAACACAUAUUUAAAAAGAAAAAUAUUUUAGAAAUAUAUCAAGCUGUGAAAUGUUUUGUCAUGUUUAAAAAAUAAAUAAAUAAAUGAAUAUGGAAACUGCUGGAGCUAAGAAAACGAAACAGUUAACAAAGGUAGAGUAGACUCAAGAAGUUUCUUUACAGCCCAAAUAUACCAAAGGUGUCUCCUUUUAGACCACUGGAAGACCUAAUAAUGAACAGCAAGGAGACACAACUGCAGUGCAAAUCCACAGACCUUCUUAAUGUACUUCACACAACCCUCUUGAUUAUUUGAUAAUGUUUGUCCAAUAUUCAUUAUCUUGCAAUGGUACUAAAAAAAGACACUGUUAUAUCUGACCAUUCAGAAAGUAUGCAAGUUCAUAACCUUGAUCAUAUGUCCACAUUACCUUAACACAACAGAUUUGCCUAUAAAUAAAUUAUAAAAAAAAAAAGUUAUUGACACAAUGUUAUUUCAUGUCUUGUUUGUCUUGUAACCUUGGCUCGUCUGUAACCUGACACAACAAAUGCAGUGUAACAGUUUAACCCUGUUAAGCAAUAAAGGCUUCACUAAGAAAAACAA